CCAAGGUUGAAAGCACCUGAUGACUCACGCCUGGCCGUUGUCGUUGGGACCAUUGAAUUCCAUACAUCAGCAACAUGAGCUCCCCUUCAUCUUUCUCUCCCUAUCAGCCACCCCCAGCAGAGCCUCGUAUCGGAGCGGGAGGUUAUCAACAGGGAGGGGUAGCACCAUCAACAUCCGUCCACCCACCAUCUUCCUCAUCCACUCCCCGCGGUUACGGCGCUCCCCCAUACCAAGCAUCACAGCAGCAAGAUGCGGCAGAGCGCGUAAAUAAGUAUGAGACCAGUUUGGGUGCCAGGGUAGACAUUGAGGCAGCGUUGUGUUAUGUACUUGGUUGUGUCACAGGUGUUCUUUUCUUGAUUCUUGAAACAAAAAAUGAUUAUGUUCGAUUUCACGCCUGGCAAUCCGCUAUCACCUUUGUUGGCAUCCUGGGUGUCCAAUUUUUUUUCAGUUUGUUCUCCGCAACGACACUGGUGUGGUUAAUUUUCCUGGUUGAAGUUGCAUUAGCUGCUUGGCUGGCUUAUCAGGCGUAUGUAAAUGCAGAUUCAUUGGAUCGAUAUCAGUUACCGUAUAUUGGAGAGAUUGCAUCACAGUGGGUGGAUAGCGAGUAAGGGCUAGAACUUUGAGCUGGGAUGUGAUCAUCGUAGUGUAGUUAGCUAUGCUUUGAGAAGCAGUCAUAAUGCAAGUAGUAUUCGCUUUUUGUAAAUAACCCAGAACGUUUCCACAAGCACCAAUGGAAGCCCAUGAUUCUCGC